CGAGUGCGUCACUGCACGUUCAAUGACGUCACGGAGCAUGGCGCGUGCCGACUGUGUGCACCCCAGGGCCGAGUGACAAACACAUUUCCUCCCCUUGAUAGCACUAAAGUCAAACGAACCGGGCACAGCGACCUCAAUUGUCCGAUGCGCACAAGGAUAUCUGCGGCAUGCUUGAACAAACAUCGCGCGUCUAAUUCCUGUUGUAAGCUGUAGGGUUGUUGCGCGAGUACGGCACGCAACACAACCCACAAUUGACUCAUAAUAUCUCUCGGCGUAUAAAGCUGAUAAGAGUCGGCAACUCCUUAAUGAAGAAGCAAUAUACUUCCUUUGAAUAUCUACCCAUGGUGUCAGUGUUGUGAACAAGAAGUCAACGAUGCUUCAAGAAGAUGAAGAGGGUCCAGUGAAGACGGUGUAUUUGCGUCAGUCAAGUUGGGACCUGCACCAUUACAACCAAAGACCUGUGUCAGUAGACCAAGAAAGUAUCAAAUCAGCGGGUAUCGACCCCCGACAAGUGCCAUGGUGGACGUCGAAGCGCUUCCGUUUAUCUGUGCUGUGUUUCUUCGGCUUUGCGUGUCUCUAUGCUCUCAGGGUGAAUCUCAGUAUAGCAAUGGUCUGCAUGGUCAGAGACGACCAUUAUAACAAUACUUAUACCGCAUCACCUGACAGCACUACGUCUAACACAACAAGUCAUUACUCUAAAACAACUGACGCACAACAAUGUCCCGUUCAAGCUUCGUCGCAUACGGAGGGGGCGGAGUUUUUAUGGGACAAGUCACUACAAGGGUUGCUACUGGGGGCGUUUUUCUGGGGCUAUUUAGUCCUACAAGUACCCGGAGGGAUGCUGAGCGAGAGAUUUGGCGCCAAGAAGGUGAUUGCUGCCGGUAUGUUCCCCGUCGCCAUCUUGAAUAUGCUGACUCCAUUUGCGGCCCGUGGAAGUCCCUAUCUCCUGCUAGCUGUCCGCGUCAUUGUGGGCAUUGGGGAGUCAGUCAUGUAUCCGGCCUCACAAGCUCUCUGGGCGAACUGGUCACCACCUUGGGAACGGAGCAGACUCAUUGGGAUAUCAUUGUCAGGGGGGCAGUUUGGUAACGCUUUGAUAUUCCCUAUAGGAGGCCUGCUAUGCAGUUAUGGUUUUGACGGUGGAUGGGCGUCUAUUUUCUAUGUCAUAGGAAGCUUAGGGCUUUUAUGGUGUGUUAUCUGGACGAUAUUUGCUCACGAUCAGCCAGAUUCGACCCCCGGAAUAUCAGACCUGGAGAGGAAGUACAUCUCAAAAAGCCUCGAAGAGAGCAAGAAACAACCAAAGGCUCGAACAACUCCUUGGCGGGCUAUAUUUUCAUCAGGCCCGGUAUGGGCCAUCAUCAUUGCUCACACCUGUGGCAACUAUGGGAUAUACAUGUUGUUGACACAGAUACCCACAUACAUGAAGGAGGUGCUCAAAUUUGAUAUCAAACAGAACGGAGUGUAUUCCAUGCUUCCAUACCUGUGUUUCUGGGCAUGCAUAUCGAUAUCAGGAUUGCUUGCGGACUUUCUCAUAUUACGGAAAAUACUCUCCGUAACUUGGACACGGAAGGUUUUGUCUCUCAUAGGAAUGCUGGGGCCGGCGGUGUCGUUGAUAGGCGUGGCCCACAUGGACUGCACACAGCACGUCGGGGCUGUCAUACUGCUGUGUGGGGCUGUGGGGUUGUGUGGUUUUCACUUCUCCGGUUACUUCAUCAACCACGGCGACAUCGCCCCCAACUACGCCGGCACCCUGUUCGGCAUAACCAACACGGCUGCAACUGUGCCUGGAAUCUUGGCCCCCUACAUCGUUGGUGCUAUAACUCCCAAUAAAAGCCAAGAAGAGUGGCAAACAGCGUUCUACAUAUGUGCAGGAGUUUACAUAUUUGGUGCCCUUGUGUAUCUGGUGUUUGGUUCCGGGAAGAUAAGACACUGGGCCAAAGUUAUUGAAAAACUCGAGGAUGAGAACGUAUCUCUUAGAAAACCAAUUGUAAAUGGACACCGUAAAUCAAGGACGAGCCAGCGUGGUACGUACUUUGAUAAUGAAGAGAGUCACGUAACCAUUGAAUGUGAUCCAGGAGAAAGCUACGCCGAAUCUGCCAUUGUAUAAACUGUCUCUCUGACCAAAUGACACAUGACCAAAUGAAGAAAAUAUUUUUCCUUGCAACCAUGCUCGGAGUCCUUGCCCACAACAUGCUGCACUAUGAAAUCUAUAUGUAUAUUAUAUUUUGUUACUAUCCUUUACCAAGGUUAUUGAACAUACUUUUUCAUGGAUGUUUUUCAUGCACAUUAUUCGGACUAUUUUACGGAAUAGUUUUAUUUUUGCAAUGUAAAUGGAACAGUGUCUUAUAUAAAUGUUUUCAUAAUGUUGCGCGUGAAAGACGUUUGAUGAAUGUUGUUUGUUUAUGAAGUGCUGAAGAUUUGAGAUGGUCUGGAAGGGGGCACAUGUUGAAUUCAGGAUUUUACCAUGGCCUACAGAAGUAGGGCUCCGGAGGACCCCUAAUCAUUGUUUUCAAGGGUCCUUAAAGGACAUAUGAUGGUCCUGACAAGUAAUGAAAUGGUGUUGUGUAAUGUAUUGUGAGAUUUGAUAAUUACUUUAUUUGCAGGACCUUUAUAUUUCUUGUCAAGAAUUAAGUAUAAUGAAUAUUAUAAUGCGUCCUGCAGGAUGCAAUAUAUAUUUUUUCGGCGUCAAUUUUAUAUAUUUGUGCUUACUGCACGCACUUUCUGCGUCAUGUAAAACCCUGAAUUAAAUCAAGCCUUCUUUGGGAAAGCACGUUUUCAAGGCGUUCGCAGCUCUACGACUGUCUUGUGUCUAUGCUGAGCAGUGGGAGUAGGUUACAGUAGUAAUUGCACAACAACUGAAGUGAUUCUAUGUUAAAUAAUAAUCGGAUUGCUGCAACUGUUUUCAGUCGAUGUUAAACAUUGGGAGAUAAUACCGAUAGUCGUGGCGAACAACUGUCAUGGGUCGGCGUUAUAUAUGGGUAUUGCGAUAGUCGUGGCGAACAACUGUCAUGAGUCGACGUUAAAGAAUGGGGAUUGCGACAGUCGUGGCAAACAAGUGUCAUAAGUCGACGUUAAAGAAUGGGGAUUGCGAUAGUCGUGGCGAACAACUGUCAUGGGUCGACGUUAAAGCAUGGGGAUUGCGACAGUCGUGGCAAACAACUGUCAUGAGUCUACGUUAAAGAAUGGGGAUUGCGAUAGUCGUGGCGAACAAGCGUCAUGUAGUCGAUGUUAAAGAAUGGGGAUUGUGAUAGUCGUGGCGAACAACUGUCAUGGGUCGACUUUAAAGAAUGGGGAUUGCUAUAGUCGUGUCGAACAACUGUCGUGAGUCGACGUUUAAACAAUGGGGAUUGUGAUAGUCGUGGCGAACAACUGUCAUGGGUCGACGUUAAAGCAUAGGGAUUGUGAUAGUCGUGGUGAACAAGUGUCAUGAGUCGACGUUAAAGAAUGUGGAUUGCAAUAGUCGUGGUGAACAACUGUCAUGGGUCGACGUUCAAGAAUGGGGAUUGUGAUAUUCGUGGCGAACAACUGUCAUGGGUCGACGAUAAAGAAUGGGGAUUGCUAUAGUCGUGUCGAACAACUGUCGUGAGUCGAUGCUUUUAGAUUAUGAUUUUCAAUAGUCGUGGCGCACAAAUGCCAAUAAUCGAAGUUAAACACUGGGAAUGACAAUAGUCGUGUCGAACAACUGUUGUGAGUCGAUGUUAAACAAAUGGAAUUGCGAUUGUCGUGGCGAACAACUGUCGAUGUCAACAAAGCGAUAAAACCUUUUCCCAUAUUGAGAAAUGUCUGCUGAAAGCAGAAUCGGUUUUAUGAUUCCUACUAUUUCAUAACAUGUUCACUCAUGCUAGCGCUAAGAUUCCAAUGAGUCUAUGAUAAAUAACGGGAGUUAGGGGUCGUUUGAAAGUCACGAUGUUAGCUCCUCGAUUGCGCACGUCAAUGUUAAGCGAUGGGAGAGGACCAAAGUCGAAGCAAUAUGUACAAGGUUCUUGCAUUAAGAUUAGUCGUAGAGCUGCAUACUCUUUGUUGAGUACUAGUAUUCCAAGGCAUGCAUCCUAAUGACGAGUGAUUAUGUAGCCUGUAACAGUAUUAUGCGUACCAACUUCCAACCAAUACUUUCAUGGCAAUAAUGACAAAAAUAUGCUUCCUGAUUGGUCAAGGCUGUUAACCGUUUAUUCAGAAGCAAGUGUAUAACUGUUUUUAAAGCUGUUUAUAUUCACCAAUUGUAACAAUGUAGUGCUUCGUGCUAAUAUAUGUCCAUGUACAUGCUUUCUGACUUUCUAACACGGGACGAUGUGUCUCACGUGCCUGUUAAAUGCUCCUAUGCACAAUUGUUGAUGAGAUUAUAUGGUUGUCUCUGAACGUGCCUAAUAGCAGUGAAACUGCGCAGCAUUCCUACCAGAUAUGCGAUAGUCAAGUUCCAGUAAUGUUUACUUGCUAGCUACCGACACUAAGGACAUCGGUAGUCCGCUUGGGGUCUAGCCUCGUAUGUAUGAAGCCUUAUGUCGGGAAGGUGCUAUUUGUCCAAGAAACCUUUGUUUUGUAUUGCUCCCUGAGCGUAUGUGUGGUUUGAGUGGUGUUAUAUACUUUAGAUAUGAGUGUUAUGAAGACAGAGACUUGAAAUAAAAAAGUAUUUUCUUGAA